AUGACGGACUUCGUCAGCUCCUCGGUCGCCCUCCCCGGGGCGUCCUCCAUGCCCUGGGUCGAGAAGUACCGCCCCCGGUCGAUCAAUGACGUUGCCCAGCAGGAGCAGGUUGUCAAGGUCCUGCGCCGGUCCCUGGUGUCGGAGAACCUGCCGCACCUGCUCUUCUACGGUCCCCCUGGCACCGGUAAGACCUCCACCAUCCUGGCCCUGGCGCGUGAUCUCUACGGGCCGCUCUUCCGCCAGCGCGUGCUCGAGCUCAACGCCUCGGAUGAGCGCGGCAUCCGUGUCAUCCGCGAAAAGGUCCAGGUCUUCGCGUCGACGUACGUGUCGGCCGGGGCCACGGUGCCCGGCGCCGAGGAGGACAUGGACACCGACGAGCCUGGACGCGCUGCCCGGCGGGUGCCGCCCUUCAAGCUCAUCAUCCUGGACGAGGCGGACUCCAUGACGGCCGACGCGCAGGCCGCCCUGCGCCGUGUGAUCGAGGUGAAUGCCCGCACGACGCGCUUCUGCCUGGUGUGCAACUAUGUGAGCCGGUGCGUGGGAGUCCCGGUCUUGGUGUGCGCCUUUCCCUCUCCUCCCCUCCCGGGGCUCUGA